AUGCCUAUCUCAACAUAUUUCUCAACCUGUCUAUCUCAAUCCUAUUUAUCCAUCCCUAUCUAUCUCAACCUGCCUUCGAUUUAUAUAUCUAUCUAUUUAUACCGAUCUAUCUAUCUAUCUAUCUAUCUAUCUAUCUAUCUAUCUAUCUAUCUAUCUAUCUAUCUAUCUAUCUAUCUUAAUCUCCUUCCUGCCUUCGUAGCCUAUUUCUAUCUAUCUCAACCUAUUUAUCUCAACCUGAUCUCAACCUGUUCGAAUCUCUAUCUAUCUAUCUAUCUAUCCUAUCUAUUUAUAUCUAUCUAUCCUAUUUAUACUAUCUAUCUAUCUAUCUUAAUCUCCUUCCUUAAUCCUUCCUGCCUUCCCAACCUGUUUAUCUCUAUCUCAACAUAUUUAUAUCCGAUCUCAACCUGUUCGAAUCUAUCUAUCUAUUUAUACUCUCAUCUGUCUAUCUAUCUAUCAUCUAUCUAUCUAUCUAUCUAUCUAUCUAUCUAUCUUAAUCUCCUUCCUGCCUUCGUAGCCUAUUUAUAUCUAUCUCAACCUAUUUAUACCGAUCUCAACCUGUUCGAAUUCAUCUAUCUAUCUAUCUAUCUAUCUAUCUAUCUAUCUAUCUAUCUAUCUAUCUUAAUCUAUCUUUUAUAUCUCCUUACCGAUCUCAACCUUUCGAAUCUCUAUUUCUAUCUAUCUAUCUCAACCUAUUUAUCUACCGAUCUCAACCUGUUCGUAGCCUAUUUAUAUCUAUCUAUUUAUCUAUCUCCAACCUAUCUAUCUAUCUAUCUAUCUAUCUAUCUAUCUAUCUAUCUCUAUCUAUCUAUCUAUUCAUCUAUCUCUAAUCUCCUUCCUGCCUUCGUAGCCUAUUUAUAUCUAUCUCAACAUAUUUAUACCGAUCUCAACCUGUUCGAAUCCUAUCUCUAUCUAUCUAUCUAUCUAUCUAUCUAUCUAUUUAUAUCUAUCUAUCUAUCUAUCCAACACAUUCGUAGCCUAUUUAUAUCUAUCUAUCUUAACUCCAUCUAUCUAUCCUUCCUCUAUCUCUAUCUAUCUAUCUUAAUCUCCUUCCCUGCCUUCGUAUUUAUAUCUAUCUCAACAUAUUUAUACCGAUCUCAACCUGUUCGAAUCUAUCAUCUAUCUAUCUAUCUAUCUAUCUAUCUAUCUAUCUAUCUUAAUCUCCUUCCUGCCUUCGUAGCCUAUCUAUCUAUCUGUGUCGAUCUAUCUAUCUAUCAUCUAUCUAUCAUCUAUCUAACCCAUUUAUAUACUCUCAACCUCCCAUUUAUUUAUAUCUUUAUACCGAUCUCAUCUCAACCUAUCCAUCUAUCUAUCUAUCUAUCUAUCCGAUCUCAACCUGUUUUAUAUCGAACAUAUUUAUACCGAUCUCAUCUGUUCGAAUCUAUCUAUCUAUCUAUCUAUCUAUCUCUAUCUAUCUAUCUAUCUAUCUAUCUUAAUCUCCUUCCUGCCUUCCCUAUUUAUAUCUAUUUAUACUCAAUCUAUCUACAUAUUUAUCCAUCGAUCUCAAUCCUGUUCGAAUCUAUCUAUCUAUCUAUCUAUCUAUCUAUCUAUCUAUCUAUCUAUCUAUCUAUCUUAAUCUCCUUCCUGCCUUCGUCUCAACAUAUUUAUACCGAUCCUAAUUUCUAUCUAUCUAUCCAUCUAUCUCAAUCAUAUUAUCUAUCUAUCUUAAUCCGAUCUUUAUAUCUAUCUCAACCUGUUCGAAUCUAUCUAUCUAUCUAUCUAUCUAUCUAUCUAUCUAUCUAUCUAUCUAUCUAUCUAUCUAUCUUUUUAUCUCCUUCCUGCCUUCCCUAUUUAUAUCUAUCUAUCUAUCAACCUCCUAUUUAUAUCUAUCUCAACAUUUUAUACCGAUCUCAACCUGUUCGAAUCCAUCUAUCUAUCUAUCUAUCUAUCUAUCUAUCUAUCUCUAUCUAUCUAUCUAUCUAUCUAUCUUAUCUAUCUCCUUCCUGCCUUGGUGGCCUAUUUACAUCUAUCUCAACCUAUUUAUACCGAUCUCAACCUGUUCGAAUCUAUCUAUCUAUCUAUCUAUCUAUCUAUCUAUCUAUCUAUCUAUCUAUCUAUCUUAAUCUCCUUCCUGCCUUCGUAGCCUAUUUAUAUCUAUCUCAACCUAUUUAUACCGAUCUCAACCUGUUCGAAUCUAUCUAUCUAUCUAUCUAUCUAUCUAUCUAUCUAUCUAUCUAUCUAUCUAUCUAUCUUAAUCUCCUUCCUGCCUUCGUAGCCUAUUUAUAUCUAUCUCAACAUAUUUAUACCGAUCUCAACCUGUUCGAAUCUCAUUCAUCCUGCCUUCGAGCCUAUUUAUAUCUAUCUCAACAUAUUUAUACCGAUCUCAACCUGUUCGAAUCUAUCUAUCUAUCUAUCUAUCUAUCUAUCUAUCUAUCUAUCUAUCUCGAAUUUCUAUUCGAUACUAUCUAUCUAUCUAUCUAUCUAUCUAUCUAUCUAUCCAUCUAUCUAUCUAUCUAUCUAUCUAUCUAUCUAUCUAUCUAUCUUAAUCUUCUUCCUUCCUUCGUAGCCUAUUUAUAUCUAUCUCAACCUAUUUAUACCUAUCUCAGCCUGUUCGAAUCUAUCUAUCUAUCAUCUAUCUAUCUAUCUAUCUAUCUAUCUAUCUAUCUAUCUAUCUAUCUAUCUAUCUAUGUGUCUGUCUGUCUGUCUGAUCAUCUUUAUUUUCUUUCUUACACUUUUGCAUCAACUUUCGACGAUGGCUCGUUAUUUGUUUCCUUCCUACUGCGUUCUUCUGCAGCCCCCUGCCGUCUUAGCCGUUUACACCGCCGUCGCUGUCGUCGUCGUUUUCGCCUUAGCCGACAUGUUUUCGGUAGUCGCCGCUUCCUCUCGCGAGGUUGGUCCCUAGGGACGGUUGUUCGGAUACUCUCCUCCCGGACAAACCACUUGGUUCGCUCCCUCGCCGCAUGUCUGCUUUGGCUGUAA